UGGGUGUGGGUGUGGCCGUCUCUUCUUUUUACUCACACCCACACCCUCAAGAUAGGCUAGAUAGCUUUCACCGUAAAUGAAGAAAGAAGUCACUAAAUGAGUUUUAGAAACAAAAUAUUUUCUAUGUAGUUUGCUUUAUAAGAUUACAUUUGAAUCUAGUUCGAUAGAAUUAGCUAUUAAUUCAUUUGAAGAGUUCGCACAAUCAUUACAACCAAUGAAGCAUGAUAGAUGUAUAUUAUCAUCACUUCAACAUAUUACUUUUUGUCUAUUAUAAAUAGGAACGUAUUAUUCGUAUCGUAAUAUUAUUGUUUGUUCGAAAAGAAAUAGAAAUAUUACUUAUCUUUCUUUGCAUUUCAUUCUGCAAGAAAGAGAUAUCUGUUUCAAAUGGUGUAUGUGUAAAUAUGUCCCAUGUGACACUUAGUUAAAAUAUAUAGAGAUAACGCAAGAAAAAUGUGUUUUUUUAUUUAAUAAAAAGAAUUCAGAUUUUCUAACACAUUCUUAAAAUUUUUCAAUUAGAUGGGGCUCGGCACAUGUCUAGAUACAAAAUGGUUAUUUCUUUUUUCUAGAUUCGUAAAGUAUUGUCGAAAAAACGUAUGGCUCAAUCAUUCCCAAGUUGCAAUCAAGAGAAAUGGGAUAAUGCAUCUCUUUUCAGCAGUGCACAAGAAUUCAAUGAUCCAGUAAAAUUGAACGUGAAUACUAAAUUACCUUCAUGGUUUAAAGGUUGUUUAUAUCGCAAUGGUCCUGGACAAUUUGAAUUGAACAAUAAUCCUGAUGCCAGUGUUAAUCAUCCAUUCGAUGGAUUUGCAUGUAUAAAUAAAUAUGAUAUCGAUGGAGAAAAGAAUACAAUUUAUUUUCAAAGUCGUUUUAUUAAAUCUCGUACAUAUAAAGAAUCAUUGAAACGUGGAUGUCUCGUUACAAGACAAUUUGCUACUGAUCCCUGCAAAAGUUUAUUUGGUCGAUUUCAAUUGUUAUUUUCACCACUUAAUCCAGAAACAUAUUCUGAUAAUACUGUUGUAACUAUUCAACGAGUAAAUAAUGAAUUAUUAGCUCUAACAGAAAUCGUCGUAGGUUAUGUAAUCGAUGAAAAAACAUUAGAAACAGUUGCAUCUCUAACUUCGCUACCAUUUACAAAACCAAUACCAACAGAAAUUUUGACAUUAACUGCAUCUCAUGUAAUGUAUGACUCAAAAAGAAAAAUGACUGUAAGCUACGCUACAAGAAUAUCACUAUUACAUGGACAAUGGUUAGAUGUUUUAUUCAUAUCUGAUGAUGAUAUAAAUCAUUCUAGUGAUAAUACAAAGUUGAACAAAACUGACAAAGAUGAACGUAAUAAUAUUGAUGAUAAUGAUAAUGAUGAUGAUGAUGAUGAUGAAAAUGUUGAUGAAGGUAGAUUUAUUUUAAUAAAUAACAAUAUGAAUAAACGUGGUAAAAGAUAUAAUCAACUAAUCAGAUCAAACACAAAAACCUUUCGUUACUAUUACACUGAUUCUGCUUCUUAUAUGCAUAGUGCAUCAAUUAGUGAAGAUUAUUUGAUUUUAUCAGAGAUUCCUUCACAUUUUUCUUUAUUUAAUACAAUUCGAACAAUACUUACCGGUGAUGUAGUAACAAAUAUGUUCAAAUGGAAUCCUUCUCUACCAACAUAUUUUCGAAUCAUUCGUUUAGACAAUGGUGAAGAAGUAGCACGUAUAGCAGGUCCAGCAUUUUUUACAUUUCACCAUAUAAAUGCUUAUCAAAUAAAUGAAAAUAAUGGAAAUGAAAUUGUAAUUGAUAUGUGUACUUAUGAUGAUAAUCGAAUUGUUGAUGAAUUUUAUUUAAAUAAAGUUCGUCAAAAUCUCUUUCCAUCUGGUUUUGGUUAUGUUAGACGAUUUCAUCUCAAUUUAGAUACGAAACAAUGCUCAGAACCUUAUAAAAAUCUUCAACAAUUACCUAAAGGUCAACAAAUAGCGCAUCCAAUUAGUCAUAUGAAUAGUCUUGUUCCGGUACAAAUUGAAUUUCCUAGAAUAAAUUCUCGUUAUAUAGGACAAUUCUAUCGUUAUGUUUAUGCAGUUCGAGGUCCUCCAAAUUAUAUGAUGGAUGCAUUAGUCAAAAUUGAUAUGCAAACGCGUCAAAUAUGUGGCUUUUGGCAAGAAUCAUGUACAUCUCCUUGUGAACCAGUUUUUGUUCCCAAACCAGAGUCAACCGAAGAAGAUGAUGGAAUUGUUCUAACUAUUAUUUUCGAACAACAACCAAACAAAUCAUUUAUACUCUUAUUAGAUGGAAUUACUUUCAAAGAAAUAACUAGAGCCUAUCUACCGGCACCAAUACCAUUUUCACUUCAUGGAAAUUUCUACUAA